AACUCUUAUUCAGAGACAACUGCGACAAGUACUUGGAUGUUUUUACAGAAGAACAUUUUAACUUGAUUUUUUUUAAGCGUCUCCUGCAGUCAUGGCACCAAUUUUACUUAACUGUUUGGGGAAUGAACACAAUGAGUACAUCAAAGAACAUGUCCAAGUGAAAAAUCCCUACUUGGACACCAUGGAGGAGGAUAUUCUCUACCACUUCAGCUUGAGCACCAAAACUCACAACCUACCAGAAAUGUUUGGAGAUAUUAAGUUUGUGUGUGUUGGAGGCAGCGCAAAUCGAAUGAAAGCUUUUGCCCAGUUCAUUCAUGGGGAGCUGACACUCCCUGGAAACCCAGAGGAAAUCAGAGAUAUCUGUGAGGGAACUGAUCGCUACUGCAUGUAUAAAGUGGGACCAGUGCUCUCUAUAAGUCAUGGUAUGGGUGUCCCCUCGAUCUCCAUCAUGCUGCAUGAGCUCAUCAAACUACUGCACCACGCUCAGUGCCGCGAUGUGGUCCUGUUUCGCCUCGGGACAUCUGGCGGAGUUGGUCUGGCUCCAGGGACAGUGGUGGUCACGGAUAAAGCAGUGGACUACUCCUUCCGCCCCCAGUUUGAGCAGGUGGUUCUGGGUAAAGUUAUCACCAGGAGCACUGAGCUGAAUGAGGAAGUGGCCAAUGAGCUUAUGCAGUGCUCCUCUGAGCUUCAAAAUUUCCCAACAGUGAUUGGAAAAACCAUGUGCACCCAUGACUUUUAUGAAGGUCAAGGCCGACUUGACGGAGCUCUCUGCUCCUUCUCUCAUGAAGAAAAAUUGGAGUAUCUGCAGAGAGCUUACGAGGCCGGAGUGAGAAAUAUUGAAAUGGAGUCCACCGUAUUCGCUGCUAUGUGCCGUGUCUGUGGCCUCAAAGCGGCUGUGAUCUGUGUUGCACUGCUGAACCGCUUUGAGGGAGACCAGAUCACCUCCCCUCAUGAUGUUCUGGUGGAGUACCAGCAGAGACCUCAAGUUCUGGUGUCCCACUUUAUCAAGAAACGCCUGGGACUUAUUAUCUGAGACAUCUCCCAUCCCAACCCCAGCCUCCUAAAACACAGUGUAUAUAUAGUAGAUAUGUGGAUAUGUAGAUGUACUGUACUUAACAUGUUAAUAUGUGUAUUUAAAAGUAGUUAAAAUCUGUAUGAUUUAAUUGAUGAAGCUUAAAUAUUAAGCAUGUGUAGCAUAUGUAUAGGUAAGUAUAUAUUGUAUCUUUUAAUAUUUAAGAUUCUCAUAUUUAUGUAAGCUAAUGUUAAUUUUCUAAAGAAUGUGUUCAAUGUGUUGAUUAGAAUACUGACUUGCACUUAAAACCCAAUAAAGACUGUUAGUUGUAGAAUAUCACAUUUGGAAUCUUUUAGCAGACUCUAGUUAUAAAUGGUUUCCUCUUACAUGCUUGUUAGAUGGAGAAAGUGUCUGUGAUUCCUUAGUGAUUUCUCUUAUUAUGCAAGACCAAUGUGUUAUCAGAUAACCAGAGACAUACAUUACAUUUAGCUGCUUCUGCCGCAUGAGCGUGUUUAUCCAAAUGCAAACUUGUAGUUACAUAAGCGGUCAAUAAAUGUGCAGAGAGGUCAUUUUUAUUUGUUGGGGGUCCUGUUUAUCCUCACUCAGUGAUACAGUAUGAUUUCUCACAAGCUGCUGUAUAUCAAAACCUUCAAUAAAAGUCAAUGAUAGUAA